AUGAGCAAAAAAAACAAUACUUCAUUUACUGAGUUCAUCCUGUUGGGAUUAGCAGACACCAUGGAGCUACAGGCCAUUCUCUUCUUGCUUUUCUUUGUGAUUUACACACUGACAGUUUUGGGGAAUGUUGGGAUGAUCCUCUUAAUCAGCAUUGAUCCCCGACUUCACACGCCCAUGUAUUUCUUCCUGGCUAACCUGUCCUUUGUGGAUGUUUGUUGUUCCUCCACCAUCACCCCAAAGAUGCUGGUAGACUUAUUGUCAGAGAAGAAAACCAUCUCCUUUGCUGGCUGCUUCCUGCAGUUGUACUUCUUUAUCGCCUUGGCCACGACCGAAUGCAUCCUCUUUGGCUUAAUGGCCUAUGACCGUUAUGUGGCCAUAUGCAACCCCCUCCUUUAUUCCUUGGUCAUGUCCAGGACAGUGUGCCUCAAAAUGGCAGCAGGGGCUUUUACAGCAGGAUUCUUGAACUCCGUGCUUAACACGAGUUAUGUAGGCAGCCUGCCAUUCUGCAGUUCCAAUGUCAUUCAUCACUUCUUCUGUGACAGCCCUCCACUUUUCAGGCUCUCAUGCUCUGACACACACCUUAAUGAGAGUAUCAUUUCCACGUUUGCUGGUGUAAAUACAGUCGGGUCUCUGCUGAUCAUCCUUACCUCCUACUCGUACAUUCUCUUCUGUAUCUUCCAUAUGCAUUCAGAGGAAGGGAGGCGCAAAGCAGUCUCCACAUGUGCCUCUCACCUGACAGCUAUAACUCUGUUCUACGCCACCGGCAUCUAUACCUACCUGAGACCUAGUUCCAGCUACUCUCUGGGUCAGGACAAAGUGGCUUCUGUGUUCUACACUGUAGUGAUCCCCAUGUUGAAUCCUGUGAUCUACAGCCUCAGGAAUGAGGAAGUAAAGAAGGCUUUAUGGAAUGUAACCACCAGGAUAAAGAUCUCUCCAUUUCUAUGGCUGUUUGGUUGA